UGCUUUUAAUGUUUCGUGCAGAAUUACACAGGUGUGUUUAAUUUCCGAAAAUGGAAUUUACAUCACUACUUAUAUAAUGUAAUAUCAUGCAAUUUGAAAUUACAAACUGAAACUAUAAAUCUUUUAACGAAAGUGCUCAUAUAAAAGGGAGCUGGACAUAUUUCAAAUUAGCAUUGCGUCAAGCCCUUUUUCAAGGAUCAACAUGGAUUGGUUUACUCGUUUUAGACUUUCUUUUCUUAUGUCGAUAUUCACUCAUAGCAUGAUUGCACUGGGACAAGCUUCGCCAUGGUCAAGCUUUAGAAAUGCUAACGCUUUCGUGGAAUCGUUUUUGGAAAGUGUUAGCCAAAGUGGCGCUUUUACGCAACAUCAACUUGAUGACAUGGAUUCCAUUGGCGAGACUAUAGUAAGAGCUAUGAGUGUUUUGGGAGGAAAUGAAACUCCCAGCAAAUUGCUAGCUUUGAACACCGCCUUUGCCUCUGCUGUAGCUGAAAUCGCUAUAUCGGACUCAGGAGGACAAAAUGUUGAAGAAACUACUGAUGCUAUAGCGAAUGCAUUGAGUUUGGCAUUCUAUGAAACAACUGGCAAAAGAGAUGAUACAUUUGUAAAUGAAAUGAAAAGUCUAAUAAACGCGUUUGCAGAUGCUUCAGCAAAUGCUAUUGUUCAUGAACCUGCUAACAGCAUGUCUGCUUCAGCAAAAGCAACAGCUGCAACGUCUGCACAAGAAAUGAAAACAAAUGUACCGGUUAAAACUGGAAGACAAAGAACCGAAGCUUCAGCAUCAGCAGUUGCUUCUGCAGCUGAACUUAGAGAGAAACGCCCGGACUCCAAUUUACUAACCACACCAUUAACGCUAAACAGAUCCGGUAAAGGUCCAGUAAGAACAGCGGGUAGUCCUGAAAAGAAUGACCGUGGAACUAGUAGACCUGCUAUUACACGACUUCUAGCACCAACUGAAGCAGCUGAUAAUCCAAGAAGAAAUGUUGAGCCUAGGAAAUAUACACAGGAAAGAGUUCCAUCUGCAGAUCUUUCGGCAAGACUUAAAGAUUCUGGUCCAAGUGGGUAUAAACCUAGUAAUAAUGGACCAAGAGAAGCUGAACCUGGGUAUGCUUUAGCCACAGCUUCCGCAACAGCAACAGAAGAAGAAUAUAGUCCUAAAGAACCAGAUAGAGUUCCCGUUGCAGAAUUCACAAAUCGUGGUCCAAGUGGAUAUAGGCCUAGUGACAAUGGCCCAAGAGGAGCAGAACCCGAGCGAGCUUCAACUACAGCUUCUGCUACAGCAACAUUAAGGGAAUAUAACCCCAGAAGAAAUGAAAUGACAGGAGUUCCAGCAUCAGAUCCCGAUUCAAGACCCACAGAUUCUGGUCCAAGGGGAAAUAAACCUAGUGUAAAUGGCCCAGGAGAAGCUGAACCUGUGGAAGCCCUAACCUCAGCAUCCGCUACAGCAACAGGAAGGGAAUAUAGUCCUGAAGGAAAUGUAGAAACAGAUAAUGUUCCCGCUGCAAGAUCCACAAAUCGUGGUGGUCCAAGUAGAUAUAAACCUAAUGACAAAGGCCCAAGAGAAUCAGAUCCCAAGAGAGUUUCAGCCGCAGCUUCUGCUACAGCAAGAGAGAGAGAAUAUAGCACUGGAGAAAAUGAAGAACCAGACAGAGUUCCAGCUAAAGAUCUCACUGAAGGACCCACAAAUUUUGGUCCAAGUGUGUAUAAACCUAGUGAUAAAGACUCAAGAGGUGCAGAACCAGCGAAAGUCUUAGCCACAGCUUCUGCUACAGCAGUAGGAAGAGGACUACUUCCUGGAGGAAAUGAAAUUACAGAAAGAGUUCCAACAGCAGAUCCUGAUUCAAGACCCACAAAUUCUGGUUUAAGUGGAUAUAAACCUAUUGACAAUGGGCUAAGAGAAACCGAAACUGGGGAAGCUUCAGCUACAGCAGCAGUAAGGGAAUACAGUCCUGAAAGAAAUGAAAAGCCAGACAGAGUUCCUGCUGCAGGAUCCACAAAUCGUGGUCCAAGUCGAUAUAAACCUAGUGCUAUAGGCCCGAGAGAAGCAGAUCCUACCAGAGUUUUAGCCACAGCUUCUGCUACAGUAAGAGCAAGAGAAUAUACCCCUGAAAAAAAUGAAGAGCCAGACAGAGUUCCAGAAGCAAACUCCGCAUCAGGACCUACAAAUCAUGAUCCAAGUGGAUAUAAACCUAGUGAUAAUGGCUCAAGAGAAACCGAACCUGAGGAAGCCUUAGCCACAGCUUCCGCUACAGAAAAUGAAGAACCAGAUAGAUUUCCGGUAACAGAUGCCGCAGAACGUAAUCCAAAUGGUUUUAAACCUAGAGAUGAAGGCCCAAGAAGAGCUGAACCAAGGAAAGCUUUAUCUACAGCUUCUGCUACAGCAACAGGAAGAGAAUAUAGUUCUAGAGAAAAUGAAAUACCAGACAGAGUUCCAGUAGCACAUCCCGUUUCAGGACUCACAGAUCAUGGUCCGAUUGAUCAAAGAAAUGAUGGUUAUGACUCAAGAGAAACAGAACCUGAGGUAGCUUUCGCCACAGCUUCCGCCAUCGCAAAAGAAAGAAAAUAUAGUCCUGGAGGAAAUGAAAUUAUUUCCGAACCUGUUGAAUAUGAACCACGCAGAGUUACAGCAACUCCUUACUCAAAAUCAGCAGAUCAUGAUCCAAGUGGACAAGGGCCUGGUGAUUAUGGCCCAAGAGGAACAGAACCUGAGAAAGUUGCAGCGGUAGCUUCCGCUGCAGCAACGGUAGGGAGUGUUGGUCCUGAAGGGUUUGAACCAGUUAUUACCAGGCCUGAUGAACCUAGACAAAGUAGUUACGCUCCGGUAAAAUCUGGUGUAGCAUCAGCAGCUGCUUCAGCCGUCUCAGCUGUUGGACGCAGUAGUCCAGUCUAUGAACCCAGCGAUUCUAAUGAUUAUCCCACAGAUGGAAUAGGAUCUGAAGCAGUCACUUCAGCGGUAGCAACUGAUGAACCUGAUAAAUAUAAAAGCUAUGAAACUAGAGCUGUUAGUGAUUCAUCUGCGACAGCUUCUGUAAUACCCGAAAGAAGACUUAGACCUAUUAGGUAUGAGCCUAACGAUAUUAUUGCCUCAUCUGCGUUAGCAGCAGCUUCAGCUCUGUCUAAAUCUGCUGCGGGAAGAAGAAUCUCCUCUACUACGUCAAAUUUAGUUUCUAGUAAACCUGAUAAUGUUUCAAAUAUUUCUAAAGCUUUAGCAAGUGUAAUUUCUCAAGUAAUCGCCACCAAUACGAGUGCUUCAGGCUGUGAUGUGCUUGUUCAAACACUUUUUGAAAUUGUUACAGCUUUGAUACAUGUCCUUAGAUAUGCUCGUAUUGGAAAUAUCAAUUAUGACGAUUUAAGCGAAACUACUCGAAUGGUAGAGCAGUCAAUUUAUGAAAUAUUUGGUUGAUCUUUAAAAUUAUAUUUUUAAUGAUAAUA